CACUGCGCAUAAAAUCUAAUGUCAAUGACAAGACGACAGCUACCGAAUGCAUCAUCACCUCGCUCUACUACGCGUUCAAUGCGAAGCCAACGCAAGUGGCCAAACAUUGAGAUAGUGCUUGGACACAGGCGAAUCGCCAUCACAGCCCAGCAAGUGAAUCGCUUAUGGGAGACAUUCACCUACCCGCAAGAGGCAGCGGCGACGAAGCAUUAUCUAAACGCUAGCGUGACGGCUUCUUGGUCGAGUCAGCCUAUAGUAGCGGACCGGCAGUGGGGGAAAUGCGACAGAGACCAGUACCCGCCAGCAUACUUUCUGAGCGACAUAGAUGCAGCGUAUAUAAACAUCAGAUUAAAGAACCAAAGGGCAGUUGGUGCGCUAUGUACCGGACGAACAUAACCAAAAAGUCGAUCAGAUGUGGAAAGGCACAUGCUUCAGUAUUCCGAUACGCGCCAUGUCUAAUAGGGAUAUGACAGACAGCAUUACCGAGGCGCCUACGUCCAAGAAACAAUAUAUUAAAAACGGGAACCUUGAGCAAGCAAUGGCAGUUGCCAUUGACGUUUGACCCGAGUCCACAAUCUCAAUCUCCUCAUGGGGUCAACCGGC